AUGUCUUCUGGAAACGGAACUACCGUCCCCCAAGACCCCACCAGCAACGAGGUCCCUGGCGAGACCAAAGGAAAAGGCAAGGCUACCGCGACCGAGGAGCCUGUUGAGCAGUCAAUGGACGAGGACAGUGAUGAGGAAGAGGCCGGCGAUGAUGCCGAGGAAGAGGAAGAUGAGGGCAUGGACGAGAUCGACCUCAACAAUAUCGUCGAUGGCGGCCGCCGCACCCGAGGUAAGGUCAUCGACUGGGCCAAGGCUGCUGAGAACGUCCCCGCCGACGACGACGAAGAUGAUGAGGAUGAGGACUUCGAGGCCGAGGCCGAGGCCGAGGUCGAUGAUGACAAGAUGGAUGAGGAUUAA